GUGUGUGGUUAUGACACAGCGUCCCCCAGCUCUGGCCCUCUGUUCAGAGUCCCCAUAACGGUUAUCAUCCCCACCAAAGUUCCUGAGGGCCACAGUCAGGAGGUUCUGUUCACAGAUGUCCACUUCAGACCAGGACAGAUUCGACGACACUUCAUCACGGUUCCACGGGGAGCCUCCUGGGCAGAGAUAACAUUGACGUCUCAGAGCGGGGACGUGUUCUCUAAGUUUGUCCUCCAUGCGGUCCACCUGGUGAAGCAGAGAGCUUACAGAGCCAACGAGUUCUACAAGUUCUCCUCUCUGCUGGAGAAGAGCUCCCUGACUGAAGCCUUCCCUGUCCUGUCAGGGAGGACAGUAGAGUUAUGUGUUGCCCGGUGGUGGGCCAGCCUUGGUGACGUCACCGUUGACUACAGUAUCUCCUUCCACGGCCUGACCACCUCACCCUCACCUCUACACAUUCAUGCAUCAGACGGUGUGACUAGUUUUGAGGUGUCCUCUCCCCUGAGGUACGAGGACGUUUCUCCCAGCAUCACCCUGAAGACUUGGGUCCAGCCACUCAGACCUCUGAGUUCUAAGAUCAAGGCUCUGGGUCACAGAGAUGUCCUCCCCAACAACAGACAGCUCUACGAAAUCAUCCUCACCUACAGCUUCCACCAG